GCACAGAAAACAUUAAAUAUCGAGAGAUCUCCUGACAUAAACCGUGACUGUCAUCAGUAUAACGUGCGACUUUUGUUACAUUCCAUUGAUUCUGAAGCUAUUGUAAUGUAAAUAGUCAAAAUCAACUCGUCAACUCUUAAUUUACAGCAAGAUUUUUUUGAAAUUGUAUUCAAAAAAGGCCAUAUCCAUUCCUUCAUGAAAGAGCAUGACUAAUAAAUGAAGCAUUAAUGCAACCUGCAGGACGGUGUUCUUUCUAGUGACCGGCACACAUGGGACCUGCUCCUUCUCUUGACUGCAGUUGUCAUCCUCAGCACCAGAGCCACCGCUGCUGGCACUCUCAUAAAAGAAACUCCAGUGGACGACUCACUGUUUGAUCACAGCAGAUUGUUACUAAGCAGUCAACGCCUUGAACAAAAAAAAAAAAAAAGAAAAAAGAAGGAGGGGACCUCCUGCGAAUGAACCCAACAGAAAUCUCCCCUCUUUCAGAACUCUUUCCCCCCUGUGCUGAACUGCUGCACUGCUGAUGGAGUUGUCUUGUGAGUCCGUGAGAUAUACGGAGGACAGGAGACCGGCCAGCUGCAAGUUCGUGGAGCUCCACGUGCUGUGUGUGCCAGACGACCAGUGGGACGCCAAGCUCAACAAAGUUCCAGCUGAAGCCAUAGAGAGCUUCAUAUCUGCAGGCUUCAUCAGGGUUUAUCCAGAUGUCACCCUGAAAAGUCUGAGGAGCGAGCUGGGAGCUCUGCUUGGCACAGAGAGGAGCAUCAACAAAUUCUCCUUCCUGAAAUGUGUGGGCCGCAGUCUGGCACUGGUUAAAAGCAAACAGGAGAGGGAUCUCAAAGUGAAAACAUUUGCUCCACCGUAUGCCCCGCAGCCGGAGCUUUACCUGCUGCCCACUGUGGAGAGCGGCAGCAGUGUUUGCUCCCAGUCUCUCACCCCAGACACUCGCAGCAGCUCCCCAGACCACCCGACCUGUUACCACCCUCCCAAGACAUGCAGCCUGCCAACGAGGACAAAGCAGCCUGUAAAAUCCCCCCUCAUCCCCCAGUGUUCCCAUCAGCCACCUCCCACCCCCAGCCUAGAAGAGGAGGAGGAUGAAGAGGAGGAACAAAGCUACAGUUCUUCAGAGGGAGACGGAGAAAAUGUGGAGGAACCUCUCUCCUCCAACAAGCUUGAGUGUCCAGAGCAGUGUUGUCCAAGGAAGACUCAGAAUCCACAGGCACCACAGCCUGCUUCACUGAGUAAAGUCUUACAGCGACGUGAUUCAGACUCGGCCCUGGAGAAGAAACAGCACCACAGAAAAGUGGCCAGAGAUUCGGGAGUAGCAGAGUCUCUGGAGGACAGGGAUUCCAGCUUCUCCCUCACAGACAGGCUUGGCAAAUCUAAAGAUGCACAUACGCUCAAAUCAACAAGGGGGGUGAUGGAAAGUCCAGCUGUGUCGUCUCGGCAUGUUCGGUGUACCUCUCCACCUCCAGGUCAAGACUUGGCCUUGGUCGCCCAUAAAACCGCUGCUCCGCGAGUCUUUCAGACAAACAGAGAGGAACUGAUCGAGGAGAUCAAGCUGGUGAGGGAGGAGAGAAAGCAGCUGGAGUGGACGAGGCAGGAGCUGCUAAGAAAGGGGAAAGAUUUACUGGCCCAAAAUAGACACAGGAGGAACCAAGCACGCGACAGCUGGAAAAAGAAAUAUUUUGAAACGAAGAAGGCCACAGCUCCGUUGGAGGACAACCUGAGAAGAUUACGACAAGAGUUGGAGACAUUUUACAACAAACUCUUGCAUCAGCUCCAGGCCAGAGAUAACAGAGGGAAGCCAAGACGACAAGGCAGAUCCUCCAUCAAGAAUGAGCUCAUCAUUCAGAUUAUGACAGAGAGCCAUGAGAUUGACAACCUGAAGAGGAACGUAGAAGAUGCCAAGAUGAAGCUGGUGACAGAGAUAAAGUUGAGGAAACAAGCUGCCACAGAGCUGAGGGCCCUGAAGGCUGAACUUGCCCAGAAGAAAAGCCAGUCGUCUCACCUCGGACCCUCGGCCUCUCUGGGCUUUGGAAACACCACACGGGACAGACCACAAGUUCAAAACACCUCCAUGUAGUUCACCAUAUACAGGGAUGUCACAGGGCUGUUGUCUGUGCUUUACUCUGCUGAGAAAGACUUUGUUGGGUCAUGGUUUCAUGAGAGGGAUUGAAAAUGUUGAAUUUGUGUAGUUCUUGUCUUUCUACAUGGCCUACUGGUUCUGAACUGAGUUUUGUAUUUUUGUGCUGUUACUUUUUGGCAUUUUAUUAUUAUGUCAUGUGCCAUCUGAUGUCUUCUUUUGUUCACAAUAUUGAUAUUGUUGACUACCUGUUUCAUUUUUCCUCAGGUGCAAUGAGCUUGUUGCUCUCGCACAUUUCGGCAAUAAGGCAAAUUAAAAAACCUUAAAUAAAAUACACUAGGCAUCGAGACAAAAUGUAAAAAAAAGGAGCAUUUCUUGAAAAGAUUUGAUUAGAAAAAUGAAGAGUAAGAAAUACAAGACUUAAAGUGCAGUGUAAGAAAUGAGAUAACAUUUGAUUUAAUAAAAGGUAACAAACAGAUAAUUAUUCAGCUUUCAUCCAAAAAAAACCCACCUAACUCGGUUAUUUAGUAAUUUAUCAGAAAAUGUUUUAUUUGUGAAAAAUAUAAAGUGCACAGAGCUCAACAAGCUGAGAAUCAAAGUUAUUUCAUUUAGAACAGAGGAAUUUCUACGUCGUAACUUCAUUCAAAGACAACAGCAAUAAAAGCAACAAUAAACUCUGAAGUGCAGGUAUGCAUCCCUGAAGUCUCCUGCUACAAAGAAUAUAUUGACUUUGCGACAAACAGAAGGGUCUCAGGGGUGGUGUGUAAAUUUCUGCAGCAGUGUCGAGUGUAACCCAGCUAGCAUCCUAACAGAGCAUUCCACAUCAUCGCGGUCUGCUGCUUGGCAACCGUUUCACUGCUGUAGUCCAAGAUGUUGGAAUUCCACAUGCCAAUGCCCCUCAAACCUUUAGAUUUCACAGAAUCAGCCUUGGGACAAAUACUUUGUGGGUCAUCAUACCAAACCUGAUGAAUAUGUCCGUGCUGGUCCUAAAGAAAAACAUUGAAAGAAAUAACAAAAUCAGAACUGAUGAUGGCACCACCUUGUGGUGAAGGCGACUGUUUUUAGACCCAACAAGAGGGCCUUUGCCAAAGAAUGUUUUAUUGCUGUUUCGAAGAGGCAAUUUGUUUUGUCUGGGAAGCAGCUCGAGUGGACGCCGGCACUUUAGAUAAACAGCUCCUGCCUGAUUUGUUGAGUCGCAAUUUUUUAGGAAUAAUGAGAGGUGAAGUUGGUGAAGCUAAGACUUGGCAGAAAGACAAAUAGUCCUUAUUUAGGCCAGCAAAAUCUAACCCACACAUCGUUGAACAUUUCCAAGCACUUACCAUUGCACUACCAUAAAGUUUAAGGAAUUUAAAAUAAAGAUCAUGCACCUUGUAAUUAAAGUAAGGAGCCUGCUGCUUGCUGUCCCACAUCCUGCCAGACAACGAGCUCUCAACCUGCUUCAUGAUCCACUUGUAUGGUUUCUGUUUUCCAGCUGCGUCACUGCAGGGAGCUCCACGGAAAGGAACUUUGGCUAUAGAGCAUAUUCCCUCCUGUCAUGGGAAAA